AUGGCUCCGUCUCGUACUGCAGCGGCUGCAGUGCCAUCUAGAGGCAAGUAUAACUAUACAGAAGAAACACUUACAGGGCGGCUCUCAUGUCCUCACUGUGACAGAAAGUUCAAGCCCCAGGGCUUCAAGAAGCAUGAAGCAACAUGCAAGAAGCAUGUGAAUGUCGAGAGGGAACAGGAGACAUUUGGUCUCGAGUAUCAAAAGGACCAGCAACGAGGCAGGACGGAAUAUCACCCGUCGAGUGGUCGUGAACCAUUGCACCAAGCGUUCAACGAAUUUCGUGUUGAUGUACAUGAUACUACUGAAGGGCUUCCUGUUGAUGAAGAACCAUGGCGCCCUUUCUCCUCACAAGGCGACUUCGAGUUUGCGGAAAUCACACUUGAUGCUUCCCUCAACAAGUCACAAAUCGAUGGACUACUAUCUCUGAUUGCCCGCAUUGCGACAGGCCAGGUUAGAAUCACGCUGAAGAAUGAUACUGAUUUUCGCAAUGUAUUGUGUAGCGCUACCACUCAGGUGUCGCCGUUUACAAAACACGACAUCACUGUGCCAUACAAACGAGAGGAGCGUGUAUAUGAGGUCCAUGCUUUGCCCAUAUGGGAAUGGGCCCUUGAUUUAUUAGAAAACCCCUUACUCGCGCCACAUUUUGUUUGGGACGCACAACGCGUUUAUAAGCAUAACGGUACGGAAUUCGAGCAGUUCUAUGAUGAGCCAUGGACAGCCGAUCAUUGGUGGGACAUCCAGUCUAAUCUUCCGCAUGAUCUCGUUGCUGCCCCCCUUUGCUUCAUAGUGUACGCCGACAAGACGAGACUCUCAUCACACGGUACCGUUAAAGGGUAUCCUGUUGUGGUACGUUGUGCAAAUUUACCAGUAGGAAUUCGGAAUGGUGAGGGUAUCGGCGGCGGUCGUGUUAUUGGUCUGCUGCCUAUCGUUUCUGAGGACGCAAGCGAGGAAGGCAAGAAAAGUUUCACCAAUUUGAAGCAUGUCGUAUGGCACGAGUCGUUUGUGAAGUUCCUGGAACUGGUCGCGCAGUACUCAAAAACGGGAUAUUCGUACAAGUGCUUCGACCAGGUCCUACGUUGGCUAUUUCCCAUCAUAUUGAUACUUUCCGCUGACUAUGAAGAACAGUGUAUGAUGUCACUGAUUCAUGGCCAUCAUAGCAAGUGUCCAUGUCCAGUGUGCAUUGUACCGCUUGACGAACUGCAUGAUCUCUCGAAGUCAUUUCGAUUGCGAUCAAUGCAGGAUGCGAUGACUGCACUUGAUGUCUAUGAGGAAAGCAAGGCUCGCGGCGAGGAACUGUUGAAGGCGCUCGGAUUGCGCGCUGUCAAGAAUGUCUUAUGGAUUGUCGCGCACUCUGAUCCCCAUGAUGCAAUCAGUCUCGACCGCUUACACGCCCUUCAUUUGGGACUUUGGAAGCACCUACUCAACGAAUUGAAAAAGAUUCUCAAAUCCUUGGGACGCGAGGCAGAAUCGUUAUUCGAAGAGGAGGUCGCUAAUUUCCCUCGGUGGCGCGACUGCAAUCAUUUCAACACCGUUAUUCACAUGUCGUUCAGCGAUGGCAAUAAGAUGCAAGAUCUAUCUAAACAAUCUUUCUACGCAGCAUUGAGCAUUUUGAAGCAAAGUAAUAGCCCAGAAGGGAACCAACUGCUUCGUCUCAUCGGCAGCUAUCUGCAGCUUGACAGUUAUAUUGGUCUCGAUGUACAUACAAUGAGCACUCUGGACGCAAUCGAAGCUGAAUUGCUUGUUUUCAAUAAUGCACUCAAGGACUACGUCCAAUGUGCUGCAGAAUCUUCCAUUGAAGAUCUAAGACUCGACUGGAACUUCCCAAAGAUUCUUCGUGUCAACCAAAAUAAAUUCACAGUCAGCCUGUUGAGAGGACGUGUCGACACAUUUGAUGAGCAGCGCAACCACAAGGACAAUGAAGUUGAUCUAGGCACUACAGCUGAAGACAAUCUAGAUCUGGCUGUUGCACAAGGACAUAUCAAACUCGGUUCGCCACAGCAACUCGUAUCUAUACAGGACAUCGAGAACGCCUGUAGCCCAGCUGAUCGCGCUUUUCAAGACUUUCGUAGGAAGUUCUCUACAUUUCUCAAUACAUCUUUACCUGGGUAUGGAUAUGAACUGAGGAGAUGGAUUACACUACCCGCCAAUUUCCAGAUUUGUGAAUAUCGCUACCUCAAGGUAAACUAUGAAUCAACUGUCGACUGGAAACAAGCUACCGAUUACCUUUGGUGCAAUCCGAGUUUCCAUGGCCAACCACGCUACGAUUGUGCGCUCAUACAGCUCACUCCGGAACAAUCAGCAUUCGUCAAACUUAUUCUUAUGUUCAAGUGCCAUCUCCCAGAUAUCGACGGCUCUUUUAAUUUUGCACUGGUUCAGCCAUACACUGCGGGCACUGGUGCUCAUCGCAGAAUUGACCGUGAACUCAAGCUCACUCGUGUCAAGGCUGUUCCUAGAGCAAACUCUACAUUUGUUCCACUCGCGUCUGUCAUCCGCGGUGCUGUUUUGUUCCCUGACCGUGACCAUCAAGGCGAAUUUAUCAUUGUUGAUCAUAUCGACAGUGAUAUGUUUCUUCACAUGAAGACACGGGCACGCCAGUGA